AAUGUACUCACAUUUGAUCACAAUUUGUUCAACAAUCAAGGUAAAUCUUUUCAAAGAUGAGUUUCAAUUUUUCCAAGUUUCAAUCAUUAUCAUUAUUAUGUUCAAUUUUGAUAAUCAAUUGAUCAUUUUCAUGGUAUCAUCAAUAUCUACUAAUCAAGACUCAUUGAUUAAUCACUAAUCGUCCCAAAUAAUCAGUUAAAUCGUUGAAAAGAGGUUCAAAAUUUAAUCGUAAUUUAAGAUUAUCAAUUGAUCGUGUUUAUUUCCGUGUCAAUCCAACAAUCAAUUUGUAUAAUAACAAAAAUGGACCAUAAAACUAAUCACAAUCAACAAUCAAUUUCCACAAUCAUGUUAAUUUUAUUCUGUUUAUUAAAUCUAAGUGUUCUCGUUAAUGGUAAUCAUGGUCAUCUUCAUCAUCUAUUUGGACUAAGCAAUCGACAAAAGUACGAUUUCGCUAAAAAAGUGGCCGCCGCUCUGUUCGUCUCGUAUCGAGCAAAAAAGUUUCUUCUUCCAGUCCCAUUUCCGAUUCCAAUACCCGUUCCGGUAUUUGAAACUUAUCAACCUGUUGUUGCUGAUCCGCUGUACUUUAAAUGGUUAACAAUUAAAAAUCACAUUGGAUCACCCGGUGGAGUUGCUAAUUUGGGUGUACAUGGUGGUACUGGUCUCGGUGGAGGAUUACAUGGUCUUGGAUGA